AUGUUGCCUCAAAGCAAGGACCAGGUGCUGCUACAGAACGCAGUGCCCCCUGGGCGCCCCCCUCUGGGCCCCUCACAACUUGUGGACUCCUCAUCCAGCAACCUACAGCCUCUGCCUCCCCAGCGACCACCCCCUCUCUCCCACUCUCCUUGCUCCCCUCCGCCACGGUCCCACUCUCUAGGCUCCCAUUUCUACCCUUCUGACUCAAAUUCUGACUUUAUCCUACACCCUUAUUCUUCCUCUCUCCCAAGCUCCCCCAGUUUCUUUCAUCAGAAUUACUUCUCUCUUUCCCACCCCCCCUCUUCCUCUCCCUCCCACCGGCCAUACCCCUCCCCUACUCACACGCAUUCCUCCUCUCCCUCUCAGCUACAGAACACCUCUCAUUGCCAGUCUCCUUCACCCCCAGGAGACUGCCCUAGCUCCACCGCCACUUCCCCGACCCCCAGCCUACCUUCUGGUGGGGUCCACUCAAACAGGCAGACAUGGCCCUGGCAUCACUACAGGGACACCGGCUCCCCUGGGGCAGUGGGAGAAUGCGUGGCAAGCGAGAGGGACCCUGCGGAGUUCCGGGACCCAGGAGCCCUGGCCCAGGCCCUGGUGGUCCAUCUGGGGCACCGGCGCAUCGCACACGACCUGCGGUUACUGCUUUUGCAGCGCCUGUGGCUAGGCAGGACUGGCCAGGCCCCCGUUGUAGAAUAUCCCAUAUGCCUGGUGUGCCUCAAGCCCCGCAGCCCCUCUUGCCCCAUCCCCAGGUACAGGACUGGACCCCGGCUGCUUGCCUUCCCCCAGCUACUGCCCUGUGCACAGGGCCAGGAAUCCGGACCACUCCGCAUAGGCAUUGGCUUUGGCCUCCGCCUGCCUCGGGGCCAGGCCAGGGCCUUGCAUCUCUUGCCAGAAAGAAAGCCAGAGGAAGCAGGGCCGCAGGGCAAGCCUGUUCAGGCCCAAGGAUAUCAAACCCGGGCAUCCCGGGCUCCAGCAGCUCAGGCAGCAGUGGCUCAGGCGUGGACCCAACCAGCCCGCGGCACAUCCUCCCAGGCCGCGAGUCUCAGAUCUACAGGCCUCCAGUCACCAAACUCUAUGUGCUUUUCAGGGCCUCUACGUCGGGCACCCAAACAAGCCACUGUCUCCCUGAAACCCAGGCCUUUCUCUGCGUCCAAGGGGCCUGCCUCUCCAGAGCCCAUUCUCCGAAAGUCACCACCCUAG